GAAAUGGCUAAGAUUGCACUCGGCCUUGCGCCCGGUCAAUCGAGUUCGAGCGGCGUGUCCAGCCUAUCAGCAAGUCUAGAGUCAUCUUCGUCGGUCAGCACUCUCCCGGCAGCAAAACGAGGUCGGCUGCUAAUACGACAGCAGCGAAUAAAAAAGGAAAGCGACUCAUCCUCGUCCGGACAGCAGUACGGUUCGGAUCUGGACACACCGGACGGAACAACGAUUUACUCUCAAAAUCUGCUUUCCGUUCCAACGCAUCACCGAUUCGAACGACAGGUUUCGGAACCGAUCAUACCCUGUACUCCGAUUGUUUCGUCACCCGAAAUACGUUCGAUAGCGGUAGAAGGUGAUCGGCUUCAUUCGGGCAACUUACUUACGGUGCCGCAACAGCACUUUUUAGUGAAGCAGCAUUCCCACCCGCUGCUUCCGAGUCAGACCUCGAGCUCGUUGGGCUCAUCGCAUCAUCAAACGUACCAGACCAUUCCUACCUACACGUUACAACGUCAGCUCUCUCAUCCAAUGUCGGUGACCGUACAAAACUCGAGCCCUAUGACUUUGGUCACGAGCAGUGGCGGUACAUCUCACUAUUUGGCAUCGUCAACUUCGCUCAAAGCGACGGAUUCUGACGAUGAAACUGCAUCCCCUUCGGCAACAUCUGGUGGUACCGCAUCCAUUCCCCAGAUCCAUCUACAAACCGAUCGAACGAUGAGCCCUACUGUAGUCAUUGUUCCGGAAAUGGAAUCCCUACAUCAUCAGCAAUCACUUUCCACCCAAGGUAGCUCGUCUAGCGCAAGUGGCUUAUCGCUCUCGGUCAAUACCGUUACGACGUGCAGCACUUCCAACGUGAGUAGUUUAUCGGCAGCCGGCAGUUUGCUAACUGAGCUCCCUACGACCCCGACAACCACCCGAAUCAAGGCGGACGAUCUGCUGAGUCGAUCCUCGUCAUCACCAUUGACUAGCUCUCGUUCAGCGGACAUCCCCGGACUCGAUGGGCAACGAUCCAGCCACUGUCCGGUGGUUCGAGAGGGCCCGGCGUUGGGAUGCAAUUUUUGUUGGAAUACCAUCGACGCGCACGGGCGAAUCCUGCGGCGGAAAACGAAAUACCACUGCCCGGAAUGUCAGACCAAUCUGUGCAUCGUUCCCUGCUUCCAGGAGUACCACGAGAGGCAAUCGGCCGAGAAUCCCACCCCCACCGGAAACGAUGGCCCUAGCAGCAGCAGUGGGAACAGUGGAGGCAACAGUAAGUCUGGCCUCAGGAACUACCCGAAGUCAGGUUCGAUGUAAGGAGGGUAUGAAUAAUUUUGUGUUUUUGUGACGAUUGGUCGUCUGACCAUCGGUAAACUUUGGAAAUUGUUGUUCGUUGUUGACUUUCUGAUGAACAUGCGUAACAUGGUAUACUUGUAACAAGAUUUUUAACGAUUAAGACAACAAUCAACAAUAGCAAACAGUCCGAAUCGCUCCCCACGGUCACGGUUCCGAAAUGGGCGCAGACCGUGAUCGUAUCGUACUCUCUACUAUAAAUAUUUUGUCGGUGGAGUGAUCGUCGGAUAAACUUGUAAUUUGGUAAAAUUUGUCCAAGACCUUCCCUAGUUGGGUAGCUCGGCUGAAGGCAUCAUAUUUUUGUGUAAAGAAAAAAAAACAAACAAGAGCCUUAAAUGAUCACUGCUUUUUUGGUGAAAACGAAUUCGUAAGCCGUAACAGAGGUAGAGUAUAAACACUAACCACUAGACGUAGUACCUACAUGUAGAUUGUGUUUUAGUGAACUAUGAUGAGUGUAGCUAGGAACAAUAAAACUAAUACAAUUGAAAACUUACACACCGUAAACAUACGAUUACAUACAUACAUAUUUGGAAGGAAUCGAUCCGAGAUCAUAACCGGUCAUAACUGUUUAGCAGUGUUCAAUUGAUUGUUUUCGUGGAAACGAACAAGCAGAAACAUCUUGGGAAGAUGGCUGAGCCAUACUGUUUAUAGACGUAUCUAAAUAGGCAAAUACAUACUAAAUAGGCAGCAGUGCAUUUUCUCUAAACUGAUUUUUCAGCCGUUUUCGGUGUCCAGGGUAAGGGUUCGUGAUUAACGUUUAGGACUGAUUUUUUCCCACACAGAUUCUUUUUUACUGCAUUAUCAAUCGCAAAAUAACUAAUAUCAAAAGUCAAAUGAACGAUUGGUGUUUUUAAAACUUUUUGUUUAUUUCGUUUAGAAUCCUUAAAGGCAUCGUACCUUAGAAGAUAGAUGGAAUGUAGUUAAUGCCAAAAUGCAUGCGCAUGAGUUAAAAAUGCUAUCUGAACUGUUGAUUCGUCUGCCUGAAAGCUGAGAUUCACGGUAGAUUUUUCAACUUCCAGAAUGACGCAUCAACACUAGACUGCCCCAAAUGAUCCGACUUUUGAAAAAGUUAUGUGCUGCAGGCUGUCAGGCAGGGGUCGCUCAACGAGCCUGAAGUUUGUAUGGGAUUUUGAGACAUUUUGUUCGGGAGAAACAUGAAAAACCAGUUUUUCAUCAAUUACUUUUUUUCCUGACGGUCGAUUUCUUUCAAAAACGGGUUUUCUUAAAGGCUAAAUUAUGAAAAAUAUUUCAUCCGAAGACUGUAUUUCGAUAAGAGUUAAGAUAAAAAAUUAUUAGGCUUCAAAAAUGGACUAACUUUUUUUUAGGAUGGUAUUCAUCACUGUUCAUGAGGCGUCAAUAUUUUCGACCGCCUCGACUCAUUAACAAAGAUGAAUACCAUCCUUAAAAAAGUUAGCCCAUUUGUGAAGCCUAAUAUCUUUUUUAUCUUAACUCUUAUCGAAAUGCAGUCUUCGGAUGAAAUAUUUUUCAUAAUUUAGGCUUUAAGAAAAACCGUUCUUGAAAGAAAUUGGCCGACGGGAAUCACAGUUAUUGAUAAAAAACUGUUUUUUUUUUCAUGUUUCUCCCGAACAAAAUGUCACAAAAUCCCAUACAAACUUCAGGCUUGUUGAGCGACCCCUUCUCGUGAUCCGAUCUGGCCCAAAUGUGACGUGCGAUCUUGUACUAGGACUAGGAUCAAUUUUAACCUGCAGCGCAUAACAUUUCACAGGUUUUGAAUUUCCCAUACAAUUUUGGGGCAGUCUAUCAACACCUAAAAUGACAAUUUUUAACCUUGCGCAUACCUUUUGGUCCUGAAAACAUCCCAACCACCUUCCAAAGUACAAAAGUUUUGAAAUAUACUGAACAACCAAAAGUAACAUAUAGACAUAAAUGAGUGAUCUACAAAGCGGCUGGUUUUAUUAUUAAGGUUUCCAAGGGCUGCUAUUGGAAUUGAUGGAAACACUAAGUGACUAAGCUGCUUGGCUAUCUGAACAGAAAUAAAUUGUUAUGAACAUAAUUUUCUGUUGGAGUUCAAUAGCAUAUAGCUCAGCCUGAAAGACUGUACAAUAUCUAUCAAGAGGUUGAGCAUGUUCUAUGUUCGACUCUCGACAGUAAAUUUCUGCACCUGCACGGCCGUUUGGUACCUUCCAGGUACCGCCGGGUUCGAAUCCGAAAACUCCCGCCGUAGAUGUCGCACAAUUAAAACCGGCUUAACUUUUUCUGGCACCUUCUUAAGUUGGUGACUCUGCUUCGUCUUUUUUUGCCGCGUGGAAUCCAACCAAAAACGUUGUUUUCUUCUCGUCGCUUUUGACGUUUGCUCGCUGCAAUUCGGAGGAGGCCGACUUGAAAUCGGCUGUCAUGCCGCAAAUUUUCUUGUCGGCUUUAUGUUCCGAUACACGGUCAUGUUCCUUUGACCAAUUUUCUUCAAUGUUAUUCGCAUUUAAAGUCUGUUUCACAUAGAAUCUGGUCGGAUAAAAUAGAUCAUUUCUCCGCAAAGAAAUAACGCACAACAAAAGUAAAAAUGUCAUUUUGUAUGGUUUUUAUUGCACUUUAAGGGAAAAAAUACAUGAAAAUCAUUCGUCAUCUUUUCGGAUGAAUUUUCGAACUUUUUUUUGUGAUACCACCCGUCAUUUUCUGCACAGUACUGCUGGUAACCUCAUUCGCCAUCUUGUUCCACCACUUUUCCAUUUGAACGGAUUUUUCAUGGUUCUGUCACAUUUCUUCAGUUUGCCCUUAACUUUUGCUCAAUAUUUCUCGAUGGGACGAAAAUCCGGACAGUUUGGUGGAUUGAUACUUUUUUCAACAAAAUCGAUCUUGUUCUCUUUACACCACUUAACGACAUCCCGGCUGUAGUGGCAGCUUUCCAGGUCCGGCCAGAACUUCACCGGACCUUUGUGAGACCGAAUGAAUGGCAAAACCCUCUUCUGGAGAUAUUCUUAUUUGUAAACAUUUCCAUUCAUUGUGUCCCCAGUUACGAAAAUCUUAGUCUUCUUCCCACAACUACAGAUCCCUUGCCAAAUCAUCAACUUAAGAGCAAAUUUAUCUGCGGAAACAAACUUGAAUCUACCCGUAACAUUCCCUUUACGCUUCGCAAGGCAAAAUUUGUUACCGGGUAUUUGUCCAAAAUCCAUUUUGAAGUAAGUUUCGUUGACCAUCAAAAUGCAUCCGUUGUACUUGGUCAGCACUUUCUCGUAUAACUUCCUUGCCCUGGUUUUAGCAACCAGGUUUUGUUUCAGCGUCCUGUUGGGGUGUUUGCUUGCAUGAAUCGACCGCAAGCCUUCUCGUAAACAAAUUCGUCUAGCUGUACCGUGGUUCGUCUUGAACUUUUUCGCCAAAUCACGCUAGGAGAUUCCAGGAUUAUUGUGAACUGAUCGAAUUACCUUCGCUCGCAGCUUCUGGUCAUAUGUUCCACUUUUUCGCCUGGUUUGUUUUGCUUGAUCCACCGUAAGGGUCUCCCGGUAACGUUGCAGUACCGAAUUUACAGUCGAUUUAGGAUAAUUCAGGAAUUUUGCGAUCUUUACCCCUGACCACGUCGGUUUCCUACACACAAAAAAAAAGCAUAGUAAAAUUACUAGAUCCGUGAUUUAAACGAACAACACGCAACCAUAUUUUUGAGUCAAUAAUGUUUUGUUCUUGAUAUUACCAUGCACAUAGUAAUUUUACUUUGUGUUAAUUUUGGCUGCGCAUAGUAAUUUCGACUACGUUCAUAGUAAAAUUGUCAAUGAAAUCAUGAGUAUUUUUUACACCAUGCAUGGUAAAAUUAAUAUGUUCAAUUUUGAAAAUAGUAUGUGUUAUGAUAGAAACAAGCAUAUUAAAAUGAUUCAAAUAGUAAAAUUACCAUGAAGCAUGGUAUGAAUAUCUCGUAGCAUAAUCGAUUUUACUAAUUAUUGUGAUAUUUUGAGCCCUUUAAUUGAAAAUGCAAUUUUUUCAUAUUACUUUUCUAUUUCAUAAGUAGUGUUUCACUUACAUAACUUUUCUUCGUGUGAAGCACAGUACGCCGGACCGAAUCACAUCUGACGAUUAAUUGGAAUAUUCUGAAAACAAAUUUAUGAAAAUCAAUUAGUGGGCAAAUUGAUAUUAAUUAUUUCAACUUACGCUUAAACCGCUGAAUCUCGAUUUUUUUUCCAUACCGAUUUGGGAUGUUUCGGAACUCCUUUUGGCCAUCGAUGAUAAACUUCCGUGGUGGGGGUCUGGGACUUGAGCAAGUGCCUCUUGAAAUCGAAGUGCCAAUGAAUAAAAUUCGGCUUCCGGCUCCAGCACUUCCAGUAGAUUUUUUUUGCGAUUUGAGCCGGGGCCGAGAGUUGGCCGGGUGGGAGGCCAGCUUUAUGAUCACAAAUUGAUUGUUAAACUAAACACUUACAAUUUUACCCGCACCGGACAGCUUGUUCGCGUUCCUAAAUCGCGACGAACGACCGAAAAGAAAACAAAACACAUUCAAACGAAGCGCACUAUGAAGAAUUUACCAUAGAUAUAGUAUUUCCGACUUCACAAAAGACGAUUACCAUGCGCAUAGUAAUUGCAAGAACACAAAUCGAGCAAUAUCUAAAUAUCAUGCCUAUGGUAAUUUAGACACGGGAAAAUUACUAUGAGCUGUCAAAGUUCGCAUAGUAAAAAUACUAUGUUGUAGUACUUUAAACCAGAUUUCUGGUAGAAAAUACUAAAUCGUGGUAGAAAACACUAGAUCGUGGACAUAGUCAAAUUAUCAUGAUCCUGUAUUUGGAAAACCCAUGCAAUUUUUUUCCGUGUACGUGAGUGUGCAGAAUUUUCCCUCGCCUUUCGCGUUCCAUCGUCGAUAGCUUUUGACUGACUGCUUCAAUCUUGAUGAAAUUUUCACAACUAAGUAAACAAAUCAUCCGGAUCAAAACACUGUCGAUAGAUUCGCGAUGUGACAACUAGGGGCGCUGCAGUAAAUGAAAAAAUGCGACCAGAUUCUAUGUGAAACAGACUUUACUCAUUUUUUUUGUGUGCAUUAGCCGUAUUAACGAAAUUUUGAUCUAAGAAACUUUACAGUAUCUAGCUGAACACUGUCUUCCACCCCUUCUUUUGGCGCCUUUUCAAUUGAGUGUGUAUAUUUUAUGUAUGCAGAGUUUACGUCCUAGGACAAAAUCUGGACCUUAUUUGCAACAAACCAGACCACGGUCUAUAUCCGUGAAGGCAAAGAUGAGGUGAAAAUUGUAAAUUAUAAGUCUUUCCUUAAAAUUGGAUGGAAUAAUGUUGAGGCCAAAAGGCAAUCAAAUAAACCGAGUAAAAGAUUUUUUUUGGAUUUGUUCUUGAAUUUGUCUCGAAUAAGUCUACAAAUUGAUCAAUAACUUUUUUUUGUACUUUCCAAGCCCUUUUUAGCAAAUCACGAAUCCGUACUCUAUCAACCGGUAGCAAACAGUUCGAUCUUUUGAGGUGUAGUUGUUAGGUGUUAUGUUUCACAGUAAUAUACCUACUUAAAGCAAAGGACCGGAUAAAACCGUUGAUGACUCUCACACACAGAAAUACACAGAAACUCUACUAUUAUAAUAAUGGAAAGUACCUGACAUUUAGGAGAACGGGCGAACUACCAAGCGCUUGCAAACUAUAUUACAGAAAUAGAAAAAGAAAACGGAUUACGUGAAUUUGAAGGAGAAUAAUCAAGAAAAAAUGUUACGAAGCUUAAAUAGAUCCAAUAUACAUAUAUUUUUCUAUAUUUUUAAACACACAGUUCGAAACAAGGAAAAAAAAUCAAAUACAGACGAGCUCCUAGUUGUGGUUCUCUAUCCAUCAGUUCAAUCAGUAACACGUCCAAACCAAACCCUCUAUCUAUAGCUUGGUCUUUGCGAAGAACAAGUUUUGUGCAAAACAAGUUUCAAUCUAAGUCGGAAACGAACACACUAUUUUGGCUUAGGUUUAACUACAAACGAACGAGAAAAAAAAAGAAAAACACACUCACACAAAUCAUUAACAAUAUCGAAAAACAUACAAACAAAAUAUCAAUGGUAGCCAAUUGAGCGUUUUAAAAUUUUAAUUGAAUCUAUCUGCUGCAAUAAUCGAUUGGCGGUUGCUUUUCGUUUUUGUCACGCUGUGUAAAGUGUUGGAGCAUGUGUGGUCUAAUACGUGUAAUGGAUUGUCUAACGUUCGAUGACAGGCAUUUGUUUUUUGGAAGGAAAUAACAGGAACGAAUUUGAAAGUUUUGGUAGUUAAGUACGACUUGCUGUAUAAAUAAUAUAUUAUGACGAAUGUGUUAAAAGGUCCCGGCAGGAGUUUUUUAAGAGAUCAGGUGGAAUCUUGCUACAAGAGAUGAUCGUAUAUAUUGCUAAAAUAAAUGGUUUAAACAGAUCA